GUCGAUGCUGCUGCAGCUUUAUUUGACUUCACUCAGACUUGCUUCCUGGACUCGUGAGUUAUUGGUGUUUAUCUGCAGUCACAGUUUAUAUUAUUGGUUACUAUGAAGAUAUCCGACAAAUGUAGCUUCCAAUGCACGUUUUGACAAGAACAGUCCACAGUGUAAAGUAUGUGACUUGGUGCCGUCCACUCUGCGUUGGCCUCUUACCAAGUUAGUCAGCAGAAAGAGGAUAUUUGCAGUCAUCAGCUGGUGCUUUUAAAGAAAAACAAAAAAAAAAGUCCUUCCAAUGUCUUUAGUAGAGGAUAUUCUGGAUGUGCUGCGCGUCGUCCUGGAGUACUUUGGAAUGGCUCCAGACAUGCUGGUUCCAGUGUGGGAUAGUCAGCUGUGCGGCCAGUAUCGCAGCGUUGUGCGGAUGAUUGGGACCAACCUCCAUCUGACGCCUACACCACGAGUCCACUUUCAGGUCCCUCUGCUCGGCUAUGGGCCCAACGGUUACGUCGACAUCCCUGUGGAGACACCGUCCAUCCCCUCGUUCGCUGACGUCAUGUGGGUGUUUGAGGAUGAGGGGGAGACCUUUGCCAAGACCCGGAACCGUUUACCUCCGAAGAAGGGAAAUACUGUAAAUCGGGACGUGGUGAGAUUCCCAGGACCGACCAAGAAUAGAACCCAGAUGGGAGGCAGAUCAGCUGGUUCAGACGCUCUGCAGAAGAUCACAGCGCUGGAGAGCGAGCUGCUCGAACUACGAGCUCAGAUAGCCAUGAUCGUUACGGCCGCUCCAGCCUCAGGUCGGACGGAGUCCCCGAAUACCCCGGGCUCGCCUUUGAUGUCUUCUAUCCUUCCCCGAGCUCUCACCUCCACGCCUCGCUGUGCUGCUCCCCCUCCACCACCACCACCUCCUCCUCCUUCCUGCCUUGGUUCCCUCGCUGAGACUCCGUCUGUAUUAGAGCUGAUCCGCCAGCGCAGGACGAACGACAACAACCUUGACAAGGCUCAGCGCAAGCCCCAGGACUCGCAAGCAAAAGGGUUCCCAUCCAUGCUGGAUGUUCUCAAGGACUUAAAUCAAGUGAAAUUGCGCUCAGUGGAGAGGUCACCGGGGGGAAGACCGGUCGGAAGGAGGCGCAGUAAGGGAGGCACACCAUCGCUUAACGACCCAGCGGCUCUCAUCGCUGAAGCGCUAAAGAGAAAGUUUGCCCAGCAUCGCCACAGCAGCUCCUCUGACAAAGAGAACUCACUAGAACUCUCACCGUUCGGCAGUCCAGAAACACCCAUGGUUCCUCUCCAUAUCAGACGCAGUCAGGGGCGCCUCCACCUCUGAGUCCGCUGAUCUGACCCCAAACUGUCAAAAGUCAGACACCCCAUCAGCCAAUGACCGCUCCCACAGAUGUGCCUCUCAAGACGAAUUACUCCUGCAGCUGCUGACUUAUGUUUCAUUUUUACUUUUGUUUGUCUUUUCUUUUGUUCUUGUAAGAGUGUUUGUCUCACAAUGAACAAAGUGCUUGUGUCUCAUGUUACGUGUCUCAUUGUUGGGAGGCUUGAAUGUAUGUUUGUGUUUUCAGCGAUUGCUGUGAACAAGGAAUUUGGUCCAGUUUUGUUUUUGUACAGCGGAGUCUUAUGUUUCCAGUGUUAUUCAUACAUUGAUGAGAUCUUUUUAAAUGUAAUAAUGUAUUAAAAGCAGGUGUGCACUGUAGCUUGUAGCCAUCCUGCUUAAAGUCACUUUGUGAGGCCUUAUAGUUCUUCCCUCAACCAUGUGAAAUGAGCAGUGGGUAUUGAGAUUCAUGCAGCUCUCUUCUAUGCAACUGCUGUUUCAGGUUUUAUUAUAUAUUAAAGUGUUAAAGUGCACUGAUCCAUUUUGUUGUCCUUCUUUUCAUGUUCCCGACCAAUUCAGUAUAUUUCCAAAGCCAGUUGUAGCUAUUUUGAACAUUGCUAUGAUUAGAUCACUGUGACCUCACAAAACAUGUUUUGGGCCAUAACCUCAAGACAAUGUCACACAGAUGUCAAAUAUGAUAAAAUGAUGAAGUGACGACAUUUUGGACAGACGUGGAUGUGAACUUGACCGUUUGGUGAAGGCUCACAACGAACGGUAAAUGUAGUUUAACCAUGACAGCUGCCUUUGCGUCUUGCUUCAAAUGAGCUGCUGCCGUUCACUGCGUGCUACAAGGCAAGUAAAUGUCUUCUGACUUGGAGAGAAGAUGACCUUAAAUAACUUAUAUUAUAUAGAAACAUAGUUUAUAUUUAUUUAAUAAUUCAAGUUUAUCUUACUAACAGUUCUUUAUCAUUCUCUACUCUUAUCAUAAUCUUACCUGAGCUGCUGCUGUUCACUGUGGAUGACAUAGUGAGCAAGAAUAGGUGUUAACAUAAUCCAGAGAAAGUAAUGUACUGUAUAUCAUUGUGUAAACAUGUAUAUCUAUAAAAAAUAAGUAUCCUAUCUUACGAACCAUUGUUUCUCUUUGUGUAUUCUCAAGUUACUCUAACACCGGAGCUGCCGCUGAACACUUUGAAUGAAAGGGUGAGUACUGCAUAAUUUAACAAUAAUUUGCACUGGUACAUCAUGUUUAUCCUUUUUUAUUUCAUGAAGAGCACAACCAAUUAUUUGAAAAACCUACGGUAGGUUUAUCAAAGAGUUUGCUGUUGUGUCCUGAAAUGAAUGCUAUGCUAUGGCAAGGCAAGUUUAUUUAUAUAGCACAUUUCAACAACAAGGCAAUUCAAAGCGCUUCACAUAAAAGCAUCAAAACAUAAGGCAAAAGAAAAGGAGCUUUAAUCAAGUCAUUAAAACAUUAAUAAAAGUUGCAGUGCAGUUUAAGAAAUAGAAUACACGAGUGAAAUGCAGGAAAUUGAUUAAUAUCCUUGAAUCUGGUUCAAUUAAAGACAGCAGCAAAC